AUGUUAGAUAUUACGGACAGCAUUAUGGACGAUAGUUCCCAGGUGGGACAAGGAAAAAGGCCCACGGGAAAUUCAGGUAAAGUGUUAUCUUUUUUCCAAAGGGGUCACUUUUCCUACUUCAAUACACUCAGAAGUAGUAAAUAUGUCCCGACAAAUAAGUUCCUAGGGGAGCCAUUGGAGGAGAGGACAACCUUUAAAACUGUUUUUGCCAGAACUACAAAAUCAUUCAAAUACAAGAAGAUUGGUCCCUUAGCGGCUGAGGAGGAUUCCAUGCAAUCGAAAAAUGAGGGUACUGAUGAAUUUACAUUCACCACAAGGAGAGGGAAAAGAGGCACGUUGAAAUCGUUAUUUGGGUUCUGGAAACAGUUACCUGAGACGUCUCAAGACGACGGUCCAAACAACAUUUUGAGCGUCUUCGAAGAUACUACUAAUACGUUAAGCCUUUCAAUGAAUAAUAGUGUGACAAUCGAGGCGGGUCGCGAAUACGGUAUUUCCCCCCUAGGCUCUAACAAAACGAAUUCAUACGAUCAGGAGGUGCCCACUAUGGAGACCAACGUUUCCACGGAAUCAGACAACGAUACAUCUUUCGAAGAUAGACCAGACGCGGAGGAGAUUUCUCCUCCCACACCACCGGAAAAGGAGAGUCCAUAUAAGUUUGUCUUUGAUACACCGAACAAGUACAGUACACUAGACAAUAUCCCAGCAAGCAACGAAGCGAGUGACAACGAAGCGAGUGACAACUUCGAGAAAAUCCAUAAACUUCUAUCAAAAGACAACAAAGAAAUCUUCAAGUUCAAUAACACUUGGAUUCCAGAAGACUUGAGUAAACUGAUAAUGAAUCUGUUAGAAGAAAAAAUUGAAGUGGAAAGAACGAAGACUCAGGAGAUGGAUUCCACGAAUAAACAACUGAAAGAGGAAUUAAGACACAAAGAAAAGGAACUCGAGCUACUUAAGACCGAUUACGAAACCCUUGCCAAAUCCCACAAACAACUAGAGAAUGACUGCCAAUCUUUGCAAAAGGAGAAAGACCGUAGCUCUGAGGCUGCUAAAGGGACCCUACAGCAGAAACUGGAAGACCAAGCUCUUCAAUUGGAGGACGUGGAACGCAGUAACAGAAAAUUACAACUAGCACUGGAUAGGAAAAGCUACGGUCUUACGUAUCUGUGCAACAUAUACAAUAAUCUAGUGGCUCGAUACAACCGGAUGAACAACCACACGACAUUGUUGGAGUGUUACAAGGAACAGUCCUCCAAAUUCAUGUUUACCUUGAUGAAGAAGAUGAACGGCAUAGUGGACGAGGACAAGCUAAUCACGUACAAUGUCGCUUUGAAGAACCUCUCCUUCAAGACAUCUCUGCUGAAUAUGGAAAACCCCAAUGGUGACCAAGUCGAUGUGUUCAAGAACCACAUUGUCAAAUUCUACCACGAAGUCGCAGACGACGUGCUCCUGAACGACGUCGUGGCCCAGUUUUCCAGGCUCACUCGCUCGAACCAGUUUCUCAAAAACAGCGUGUGGGAGUGGAAAAGACAGUGCACCUCGCAAGGGAGACUACUAUCCAAGAUGAAAAUGCAGCAACGCCCACCACCAAGGAGAAACCAGCGCCCAAGCAAGCCCCGCGAGACGAUAACGGAGCGCGAUAGCAUCGUCCUGCUCUCAAACCCACAGGGGAAAGCGACGGAGAACACCGAACCGAGGCAGCCAUGGUAG